UUUGCCCUCCACUUGUUUCUUUUCCUCACUACUAAUUCUGUUAACACAAAUCAUCAUUUUCUUGUCAUUCUUCAAAUUGAUUGUUCAUUUUGAUUACCUAUCAUUUCCUGAAGUUUCAUCAAAUUCGAAGCUGGCCCGUAUUUUCAGAAGCAUGAAACCACCGUUUGAGUGGCCUCCCCAGUUUAUUCUGCUUCUUCUAGCAGUUUCAACAUACGGAUUUCCACAUGAAGAGAAACCAAAUGAGCUCUUACGUGCAGAUCCACCACACUGUUCGAAGACACCAAUUGUUAAUUCUCAAACAUCUAAAAGUGUAAUGUCAUCAAUUGCAAGUGGAAUGCAAAUGCAAUUCUCAAUUGGAUUGCACACUUCAGUCUGUUUCAGAUUAUAUGAAGACACUCAACUCGCAUCCCAAGCGAUCAAUGAUGAUGAAAAUGCUGGAAAUCAGACAUCACUUCUUCAUACUUUUCGAUUGGAAAAGCUUGAACAUCAUCAUCCGAUAACCCAGCGGUACACUUUUGGGAUUCCUGAAAUCUAUGCCAGCUGUAUCUGCGAAUGUGAUUCUUCCUCUUCAAAAUGUACCGCAGAAUCUCAUCAGUUUACCGCUUGUCCAGAGUCUGAUAAGUCGGAUGAAACAUCUUCAUGCUACCGCACGUUCUUCCCAAAUCAGACACCAAUUGGGUGCAGUGAAGACGACAUCCCCAAGCUUUGUUGUGACGUUCGAUUCAAGCCAUAUAAAAAUAUGACAUUCCUCGCAGUCAAACUAGAACAACCUACAACGUAUGCAACAUUUGUCUACGCAGUUUAUGAUUUUGUAAAUGGAUAUUGGGUGGAAAAAGAGAAAACUAAUAUUCGUUCUCAAUUAGAUGGUGAGACACAGGAUAGACAUCUCGACAAGAAACGUCGGAUUUCAUUGGCUGUAACUGCCGGAGGACGAGCAUCUCAUCAAUUGGAGACAGGAAUGUAUUUCUCAAGAACAAGUAAUGGAGGAGAAACAGAAGAACUGAGAAUGCAACCAUUGAAUGAGAUUACUGAUAACAACUUUGACCGUCUUGGAUGGUACAGAAUGGACGAUUCUGGUCAUUUUCAUGUGAAUAAUGGAGUUGUGAAAAUGGAUGAUAUUCACAAGGCCAAAGUGAAAAACUGUAAAGAGCAAACUUAUAGAUCAAUUCUUGCUGUUACUAACUAUAUGCCAAGACAUUUCCGUUUGACUCGUCCACUUGAAGUUAUCAAACCGUGGAUUCAAUCUGCUCGAAUUUUUGAUAGUUCUCUCAGACAAGCUGUUGUAACACAUGCCGAAGGAACUAAUCUUCAAAUUUCAAUUCACUUGGAUGACGAGGUGGAAAGUCAAAACCUUGUCUUCUUCCAUAAUGCAUCAAGAAUUCGUGACUUCAGUGGAUCCAUCAUCGUUGAUUCAAAAUCAAAUCCAUUGUUCAACUUGACAGUAUAUGAGGCUUCUGGAAAAAUUGAUGGAUCAGUGAAGAUGUCAACUGGAUUUGGAUCUGAUACAAUUCACACAUUCACUGCUUAUGUUAGUGAUCUUCAUGCUUCAAACCGUUCUAUGAUUAUUCCACUGCCAGCGAUUGUUGGACAAGGAGCCAGAGCAAUCUGUCUCCAAGCAGAUUCAAUAACUGACAUUGAAAGCAUUUGCCACGUCACCGAGUUUUUCGAGAGCCCUUUGGAAUUUGAUUUUAUUGAAGGAAAAUGGCACGAAAUGAUUGGAACCUGCCCAACUUGUAAUCAGGUCAAUUUCAAUGGAAUGAAGAAGUACCUGAGGCCAUCUCAGUUCAUCAAUGCAAUCAUUUCGCUUGGUGAUAAUGUUAUGCUUGCAGCAGAUCUUGUUGUGUAUAUUGGAGUUUUGUGUAUUCUGUAUCUUCUUAUUACGAAGAUUAUUGUAUUUAAAAAAACUAUCAGUAACAUUGUUGAAGUAAUAUCACAAAAAUAAGAAUUUUAUGACAGCAUUUGAGCCGCAUAACUUCCACUUCCCUUAUUUUUGAAUAUUGCUCGGUAGUAUAUUCUC